AUGUCCGCGGAGGAGCAGGGCUACCCGGACGCCGGGAUGCUGCUGGAGGCCAGGCCGGAGUGGCUGCGGGCAGAGGUCCAGCGGCUCUCCCGGGAGCUGAGCGAGACCACCAACGAGAAGAUCCAGGCGGCGGAGUACGGGCUGGCGGUCCUGGAGGAGAAGCAGCAGCUCAAACAGCAGUACGACGACAUGGAGGUCGAGUAUGAGGCGAUCAGACAGGAGCUCGACCUGCUCAAAGAGCAACCAAUAGCUGACGAGUAUGCUUACUUCAUCGCAUCCCCCUUCGUCCCUUGCCAGAAACCUGCUGUUUGCCUGUUUGGCUUUUUGAGGGACGCCGUGACGUUUUCCAGCUCUCUGCUUCUCCCUCCGGUCUCUCUCUUCCUGUCUCUCUCCCCGGUGGUGGGAACACAGAAGAGGAAGAGCUCUCUGGGCUGCCUCGGCAACUGCCGCUGGAUUUUUUUGUCCCGCGUGCUUUUUCUUGGCAUGCAGAUCCUGCUGUGUCACAGAGGAAUGACAGCAGCAAGAGGCUGUGAAAAACGGAAACCAGCUGGGAAAUGGUCUAACGAAGUAACCCAAAUGUAG